CCCCGUGACGCACCCCCUCCUUUUUCCCGCCUGUGUUUGUAAUGGCUUGAUUAGUGCAACACAAUGACAGUUAUUGGCUUCCUACUUUUUAUAAGUCGUCGCGGGUCAUUUUACUUGAUUUUUUGUUUUUAAAAUCCAUCAAUCCUGAUCAGCACGUCGUCGCCGUCUGCUCAGCUCUGUGGAGACAACAGGUGCUGGGAUGAACAGCGCGGAUAAAAGAGCCCAGCGGCCUGCAGUAAUUCGACAAACGCGAAACUCCAGGAGUGCACAGCAGUCCUAUGAGGGUCUGGACCCUGGGUUGGAAAAGAGAAAGAAGCAGCCGGACUUGGCCCGAGACCAGGACCUCAGCCAGAGGAGCGUGUGCGGGCCUGCAAGUGAAGCCAAGCUGUCCCAAGCGAGCCCUGCAGCCUUCCGGCCAACGUCAGCUCCGAAGCGUCCAUCUGUGGCCAAAGGCUGCAGUGGGCUGGCCUCGGUGGCCCAGCUGAUGAGGCUGGGUCGCUGUAAGAACGUGGUGGUGGUGGCCGGAGCCGGAAUCAGCACCGCCAGCGGGAUUCCCGACUUCAGAACUCCAGGAACGGGCCUUUACGCCAACCUGGACGCCUACAAUAUCCCGUAUCCAGAAGCCGUUUUCAACGUCGACUACUUCUCCGACAACCCGCAGCCUUUCUUCUCCCUGGCUAAGGCGCUCUAUCCCGGCAGCCACAGGCCCAACUUCAUUCACUACUUCAUCCGCACGAUGCACCACAAAGGCCUGCUGCUGAGAAUGUACACGCAGAACAUCGACGGCUUGGAGAAAGCGUGUGGCAUCCCGGACGACAAGCUGGUGGAAGCUCACGGCAGUUUUGCCACCGCUUCCUGUCACCUCUGCUACACGCCGUACCCGCCGGAGGAGGCCAAGCACGCCAUCAUGAACGACGGUGUCCCCACGUGCACCUUCUGCACCGCGACAGUCAAACCCGACGUGGUGUUCUUCGGAGAGGACCUUCCUCAAAAGUACUUCCUCCACACCCAAGACUUCCCCAAAGCGGACCUGCUCAUCAUCAUGGGAACGUCCUUACAGAUCGAGCCUUUUGCCAGCUUGGUGAACACGGUGCGCUCCACGGUGCCGCGUCUCCUCCUCAACCGACACACCGUGGGCCAGUUUGAGAGGGUGCCGCUGCGGCGGGGGGACCACGUGGAACUGGGCGACCUGGAGAACACGGUGCGGGCUUUCGCGGAAAUGCUGGGCUGGAAGGACGAGGUGGAAGAGCUGAUGAAGCGACAGGAACAAGAGGUGUGCUCCUCUUGAACCGUCUCAAAGAUAGACAACGGACUGGUCCGAUGGCGUUUUCUCCCGGCGGUUCAUCCCGACAUUUGGUUGGCGGCGAGGAGUCGGACUCUGAGACAGACAGCAAGUGUUCAGCGUCGUUCUGCCCCGGCAACUUGACACCUGGGAGGUUUGCCACAUGCAUACCCUUCUUCUGUUUGUCAUGUUCAUGUACACACAUCACUAUUCCAAGCACUUACCUGACAGUCUGCCUCGUUAUAAACACAGUAUUUUAAACUAUAUUUAAUAAAGCUUAUGUCUACAAAGUA